AUGUCGGUCCUCAGGCAUGGAAGCGCCUUUCUGCAGCGUCGGCUGACGAAACUGUAUACCGACACGAAAUCAUCCUGUGAAAGCGUAACAACAGCUGCCAGACCGAAUGAUGACCCUGAACUUGUAUCUCUUAACCGUCAUUUCCGCACUCAAAAGGAUAGGCUGCUUGCGUGGGGCCUAGAUUGGAGUGAUGCCAGCGCAGCGCAGCCGAAUGAUAUUGACGAGGCCCUGACCGAAGCUGGAUUUAGCGACGUGGUUGCAAGCGUUAUGUCAUCUAUCCAAAAGCUUCUCAACGAAGCAGAACGACUACAGCAUCCUAAUCCUGCGACUAUAUCACCGGAUGGAAUAGCGGGCAAGGCUGCAGAUGGGAACUACACCACGGGCACAACUGGUGGUGUGAAGACAACUUGGACAGAAGCAGAGAUAUCCCGGUCUAAAGUACUGUUGGAAGAGUUAACAUCCCAUAUUGAUACCCUUUAUGACUUGUCAGCAUCAAGGAGGGACAUGAGUAUGGGCAUAAGCUCAGGUACUCCCCAAAGUGAGAAGUACAGUCACCAUCGAGGCCUGUCAAAACAGUCCAAAGAAACAAAAGAGUCUCUUCGCCCAAAAUUGCCAACUUCGAAAUCUGCCCCCAGCAAAACAACGCAUCAUCUAGAGCCAACCGUGGCUACUAAUGACAUUUCUGCGGUCAACCCUUUCGUAAGCAUGCAUAUUGAUCCUAGUAUGACUAUUGAGAAUGCGUCAUUUCAACAGCUACCAUUACAUACUGAGGAAAAUGGGGAAUUUUUCCUUGAUCGCAACGCUUUGAGCCUCUCUAAAGAGCAUGUUUCACAUGCGACCACCCCUCCUCCCUACGAAGCAAUUGCUGCCUCGACCAGCUCUAGAGCAAUGGGAUUUAUAAACAGGGAAGCAAUUCCAUCUUGUAUGGCUCGAGGCUGUACAAGUAUGUCUAUCCCCGUGAUGGUCGAAUUUUUACCAAUCCUGAUGGAGGCUCAACAAUAUCUUGCCCGGCCAUUAAAACAACGUUUAAAAUCCAUCGGUCAAACACUUGAUCGUUUGAUUGAGAAUUCAAGGGUCUCCCACCUCGGUUUGCUGAGAUUUCUAGGUUAUUAUAUUGACAUGACUUACUCCCGAUAUGGUUUCGUCUACCAUACACCUAUCGAUACCUUCCCAUUCUUAAAGCAGCCUUCUGAUACGACUCAGCCAAAACCAUUGGUUUCCUUGCUGCAUAACGGCGAUGAUAAGCAGGAGGGUCCUGUUCCAAAUCUUGAAGAUCGAUUGGCCUUGGCUUACAAUCUGCUGUUGUCUGUUCUUCAUCUACGCAGCCAGAACCUAGUCCACGGCAGCAUAAACAGCAAUAAUAUUAUAAUAUUUCCAGGAGUCCACCUAUCCAACAAUGGGUCCAUUAGCAACGAGAGCUUGGACUAUAGGCGACCUUACUUUACCUCAUUUAGCCAGUUUGACAGUGAAGAUAAGAAUGCGCCGCCAGAACCCUUAUCAUCGAGUAUGUACCGCCAUCCAGAUGACAGAAGGGACUAUUCCGAUAAAUCGGCCUGGGCGUAUGACCUAUACAGUCUGGGCCUGGUGCUACUAGAGAUUGGACUUUGGACCCCUAUUGGAAGGUUGUGGAAGCUGAAAUACAACAACUCCAUGUUCAAAUCCAGAAUUGAAAAUGUUUACGUCAAGAAACUAGCAGCUAAAUGCGGCGGUGCCUAUAUGCAAGUUGUUCAGCUCUGUCUUGACGCUCCCAACUUCCAUCUGUCGACAGAGCCCAUGGCAGAUUUAGGCCUCAGAAUACCGCAGACAUAUCACUAUCCCUGGCAUGACCCGGGCAAUUCGAACGAUUGGAACACAUUCUCGAAAAAUUUUGUUUAUACAAUUGGCAAAAUCCUUUGGAGAUGCUGCGGCAUUGAUGUUUUUUCCCCCCCUCCAGCAUCUGACCUGGAAGACUCUCUCCCACCCCCAUUGGGGCUUGAGCCGGGCUUAUCGUCGUUUCAAAAAAUACCUCUAAAUGAAAGAGAUCUUCAUAUUGUAGAGCCCACCGUCUCCAUCGAUAUCCCUUAUGACAUUUCUGCUAAUCCGGACAUGAAGGGCAUUAGUGAAAUGUGUGAAGUGAAUGAGAAGAAAGGGCGGAAACGUUCCAUGAAGAAGUGGUCGAAUGUGGAAAUACCUGAAGAACACUUACAAGCUUGGAAUAAGACUUUGAUGCCGAAAAUAAGCAAGCUUUUACAAAAAAUUCUGAAAGAUUCACCAGAAUCUUGCAGCGCAACCCUGCUGGUUGCCGGUGAAACCGCAGAUACAGCUAAGACCACCAUCUGUGUUACUUGUACCAAUGUCAGAAAGGUCCGAGCAGCAUUAAAGAAGUACUUUGAGUACGACCGGGAAAACUGGAAUCUCAUUGUUAUUCGUGGAGAUAUCAAACGAUCAAAAGUCCCACGAAAGAAGCGCCGGAAACCAAAGUCAAAUAAGGCCAUCAUUUCCCCAGAAAUCUCGAAUCCUGACUUCAAUUCCCAUUACCAGACCAAACCAAUAUGCGGCGCUUCCAUUGGCGCCUUUCGUUACGGUGAACAUUUGCCACCAGUUUCAUACGGCGGUGCGAUACUCGUGGACGGAAUACCCUAUGGGAUGACGGUUCACCAUAUGCUUGAUACACCCUGUGACGAUGAUGACAAUUAUGAAGACGAUUACGACUAUGAUGGUGGGGAUUGCCCUCCACGCUCAUCGGCAAACUAUUUACACGGAUCUGAUGAUGCUAAUCAAGGCCCCUCGUUCUCUUGGGGUGAGCCCAACAUUCACGAAGAUGGUUAUCCAUUAGAAUUCUCUGAUGACGAGGACUGUGAUGAUGACCAGUCCAUAGCACAUAGCCUCGAUGAAAGCUUCGAUGAUCACUGGCUCUCCGAUGGCUACUCUAGUGAUGAAGGGGACGAUUAUGGUGGCUUUGAUGAUGAUGAUACAGCCUCGAUUGGUGAUACUGUAGGUGUUGAUCCAGGUGAAAACCCUCGGAUAAUGGUGACACAACCUGCCCUCGAUGAUGUACAUGAAGACUUCUUCCCCAGCCCAGAAGACAGGGACGAUGAGCACCUUGCAUCCCAUUCCCUAGGUUUUGUCCAUGCUUCCUCCGGAGUUCGAAGGUGGACUAAAGAUGGCAUCAAACACGAGGUGGAUUGGGCGCUUAUCAAGGUCGAUCUGAACAGAAUGGAGGUGAAAAACCUGGUCCCAGUUUCGUCACCUCAGCCAAAUACUUCAAAGCCUAAUCGCCGACAACCACAAGGCAACUCAGGCUCAUUCCAGACUCUCACAAAAAUUGCCAAAUUUGAUGACCUAGGUGGCCUCAAUGUACAAUGCUGCGGUCGAACGAGCGGUUUCCAGAGUGGAAAGAUUUCUAAGGCCCUAACCCUAGUAAAAAUGUACGGCCGUCAAUCAUUUUCGACCAGCUUUAGCGUCGAUGGCAACUUUGGAGUUCCUGGGGAUUCCGGUGCUUGGGUGUUCAACGACAAAGGCCAAGUGUGUGGCCAUGUCCUUGCAUGGUCCGAAAGGAGUCGAAGUGCCUACAUUGCGCCAAUGGAGAUUCUUCUGAACGACAUUGCUCGUACUCUUUGCGCGUACAGCGUGAAGCUUCCCGAUGGCGAUGAAGAGAUAUGCUAUCGUGAUAGCUCGCCGCCGCCACCUUUGCAGGGAAUUCCUCCUCCAAUGUUUUCCGUUCAUGCAACAAAACCUGUUUCGCCGAACCCAGUGAUAGCUGAGCAUCUUCCAGUUGAUUUGCAGAAACUCACCCUUGAUCUAGAACAAACACCCCGUAAUAACACUAGAGUAGGGGGCGUGAAGAAGAAAGAUGUUUCUGGGACUUAUAGGGCUAGCACCCCCCUCAUGCAACACGCUCGUAUGGAGCGGCAGAUCGCUUGA